ACCCACCUUUGGAAGGAGCUCACUAUGACAGGGCAGAGUCUGAGGACAUUAUCUGAAGCGAAUUUUGAAGACAAUGAGAUCAGCAUCAACGUUGGAGGCUUUAAGAAAAAGAUGAGAUCCAACACAUUAUUAAGGUUCCCCGAGACCAGGCUGGGCAAAUUGCUGAGCUGCCAUUCAAAGGAGUCAAUACUGGAGCUUUGUGAUGACUAUGAUGACACCAAGAAUGAAUUUUAUUUUGACAGGAACCCCGAGCUCUUUCCUUACGUGCUACAUUUUUAUAACACUGGCAAGCUCCAUGUGAUGGGUGAACUCUGUGUCUUUUCUUUCAGCCAGGAGAUUGAAUACUGGGGAAUCAAUGAAUUCUUUAUAGACUCCUGCUGCAGUUAUAGCUACCAUGGGAGGAAAAUGGAGCCAGACCAAGAGAAAUGGGAGGAACAAAGUGACCAGGAAAGUACGACAUCUUCUUUUGAUGAGAUUUUGGCAUUCUACAAUGAUGCCUCUAAAUUUGACAAACAACCCUUUGGAAACAUCAGGAGGCAGCUCUGGCUUGCUUUGGAUAAUCCUGGGUACUCGGUUUUAAGCCGUAUCUUCAGUGUCCUUUCCAUAGUUGUGGUGUUGGGCUCCAUUGUGACCAUGUGCCUGAACAGCCUCCCAGACUUCCAGAUUGUUGACAGCAACGGGAACACCGAGGAAGACCCUCGCUUUGAAAUCGUGGAACAUUUUGGUAUUGCAUGGUUCACUUUUGAACUGGUGGCAAGAUUUGCAGUAGCUCCUGACUUUUUAAAAUUUUUCAAGCAUGCCCUGAAUUUGAUUGACCUAAUGUCUAUCCUUCCAUUUUAUAUUACAUUAAUUGUCAACUUGGUGGUGGAAAGUAGUCCAACUUUAGCAAAUUUAGGCAGAGUUGCACAAGUCCUGAGACUCAUGAGGAUUUUCCGCAUAUUAAAGCUUGCUAGACACUCCACAGGUCUCAGGUCUCUUGGAGCCACUCUGAAGUACAGCUACAGAGAGGUGGGGCUUCUUUUACUCUACCUCUCUGUUGGCAUCUCCAUUUUCUCAGUAGUGGCUUACACCAUUGAGAAAGAAGACAAUGAGGGGUUAGCCACCAUCCCUGCCUGUUGGUGGUGGGCUACUGUUAGCAUGACCACAGUUGGCUACGGGGACGUGGUGCCAGGGAGCACUGCUGGCAAGCUGACGGCCUCUGCAUGCAUCCUAGCUGGUAUCCUAGUGGUAGUGCUUCCCAUUACACUGAUCUUUAAUAAAUUCUCCCACUUCUAUAGGCGUCAGAAGCAGUUAGAGAGUGCCAUGAGAAGCUGUGAUUUUGGUGAUGGCAUGAAAGAAGUUCCAUCUGUCAACUUGAGGGACUACUAUGCUUAUAAAGUUAAAUCCCUUAUGGCCAGUCUGACCAAUAUGAGCAGGAGUACCCCCAGUGAGCUGAGCCUGAAUGAUUCACUGCAUUAGUGUACAAGUCUGACAGCAAUUUGCAUGAGAGCUAUCAAGAGCUAUGUUUAUAAAUGUUUUCCUAUUUGUCUUUUUUUUUUUUCCUAGAAGAUAGUGUUGCUGACACUGCACUUUGCACUUGAGAAACUAAAGACAUUUCUAUUACAAGUUAACAGUUUGCACAUUUUCAUCCUGUUGCAUAAGGGUACUAAAUGCUGACUUUUCCAUACAAAUGUUACCACUUUCAUGCCAUUACUACUAGUGGUAUAGUGAUGAUCUGUUGCUUUGUGCAUUUUCUCAUAUGAGCAGAGAAAUGAAUGUACCCAAGUGGAAUAAAAAUUCUCAGCUGUGACAUGAGUAAUGAAAAAAUCACCUAUCACCUAUACUGGUGUCUGUACUAGUAUAAGACUUCCCAUGCAUUUUACAACAGUUUGAAACAGCCACCUGUGAGUCACUGACACGGGAACACUUCUACCUGUAUUACUGACCAGUAAUUCUGAUCAUCACUUGCCUGAAAACACCUCUGAGUUUGCUUAUUCUUGAGUAUGUGUGUUAAAAUCUGUGUGUUCUUGUUCUAAAAUGUUAUGUAUAAUAAUAUUUUUCAGAAUCUUCUGGGCAUAGACCUUCCUCUGUUUCCAAGAUUAGAUCAAUACUGAGCCCUCUAAAAAAGGCCACCCCUCAUUUUCAGAUAGCUACAUAUUCAAAGACUACAUUUCCACAAGUGAGUCUAGGAAUGGAGGCCCAUCUAGAGCUCUAGAAUCCCAUUUCCACAAGGGAUCUGCUCACAGCUUGGUCCCAGUGCAGCUGCAAAUGUGUUGUAUCAGUGCAUCAAAAAGGUUUUGAGAUUAGACACAUGAAGAUGUGGGCUUUAAACAAUUAGAAGCACCAAUGAAAAACUUGGAUUUGAUUAAUGAAGUGAAAUAUUCCCACAUGAACAGUACAGGCAGCAUUUUAGGAACUGACAUUCAUAUACUGCAAAAAGACUAAUUAUAAAGAUGCCAUAUGUGAUGCUGAGAUAUAAAAUCUAAUUUUAUCGAUAAAGCUUGAAAGCAGGUGUUGAUGACAGACAAUUCCAUUAAAAUUUCUGCCAAGGAAUCUCUAAGCAAAAAACCAUUUUCACUCAGAAAGAAACUCUCAAUUUACAGCUAAGGGAGAGUAUAAGGGCCUAAGAAGGGAACAGAUAAAGAGCUUAAUACUGCACUAUCUGUGGGUAGAUCCUCCUACCCACUUCUGUGAUGUAGUCAAUUUUAAUCCUUUCAAGGGCUGGCAUGUACUUGUUUAAAAAAACAAAACAAAACACGAGAGAACAGAUCAUAUGCGAUUUCAAGAGUAAUAAUGAAUCUGCAUAGAGCUGGUUUUUGAGUGCUCAGUCUCCUCCCUUACGCAAUUGUACGGAGAUCAAACACUUGUAGUCAACAGGCAGAAGCCACUGCUGCCCUCUUUUUACAUCUGUGCUAGAAAACAAACUACUGGCACUCAGUGGGCAGAACAGCAUUUCUCUUCAGAUCCUACUGCUUUUCCAUCCCAUUCAUUACAUAUAAUGUUCCAAUUAAUUUUUUUGUUAGUUUUACUUGUGAAGACUAGAGAGGUGCAGAAAUUAAAUUCAAUCUAGUUAGAAGAAAAAAUACUAAAGCUGAAAUUGUCUUUUUGGAAGACUGUGUUUUUAAACCACGACAAAGGGUGGCUCAACCAACAAAAUAAGGCAAAUAUGGUAUGAAUAGGUAAUUGCCUUAUUAAGGCUAUUAGAGGUUGCAGCUUGGUCUGGAUCCUUUGAUGCCCUAUCAGCUCCACUUAAAAAACAGAAAGCUGAGGAUCACAUUUCUGUUUGCCCAGUGAUCUGUGACAGAAUACACAGUGUGAAAUAACUUACUCUCCCCCCCACCACCCUUUCUGUUGGACACCCUCCCCUCACAUCAGUAGCUGAUUUAGGCCAUGAAGUGUGAGGGGAAAAGGUCAUUUCCAACCUUACCAAUUUUCAACACAGCCUGCACAAGUUCUAAGUCAGUUGGCAAGCCAUUGCUUGCUAUCCCUGAGACUGAAAGUGUCAUACAUGUGGUCCUGAAGUUAGACCUAGAUAACCUGAAUUUGGUGACCAAACUUGAAACAUUUUGCUAAGGUUUACACUUCUGCAUAGGGCCGGUUCAAUUCCAUUUAUGCAGACUCCCAGGCAUAAAUUCAGCAUUGCUGUCCCCGAUUCAUACUGCGCAUGUGUGAGCUGUGACACACGCGCACCCAGCCACCUGGCACACGGAGCAGCGCGAGGUCACCCCUUGAACUGAAACACGGGGAAAGAAACAAGGGGAGGAAGAGGUGGGCAUGGGCAGCACGUGCCCUCCAGUCGGGUUACAUGCUGCAAGGGUUGCAAAUCUCUCACUGAUGCAAAGGACACUGCAAACUCUGCUGGGUGGGGCCUUUGGAGAACUCAGCUCCAAGCAGUGGUUUUACCUGAAUUUCAUAAACAGUAGAUUUACAGAGCUGAAAACCAGAGACUUUGAGAGCAGUUAUUUGGUGAGACCUGUAGACUUGCCAAAGAGCCACAAAUUCCCUCAGCUGUUGCUUGUUAAACAUUGCAAAGGUUGGAUUUAACUUUGCAACACAUCAUUUCAAUAACCUAUAGCUUAUCUUAUGUUCUAGAUUUAUUAUUAUUUGUAGGGCUGAUGUUCCGUCAUUUCUGCAAAUAUUGACUGGAACAUGUUCAAAUUGCAUUUCACUAAAGAAAAUGAAAUACCCAAGGAAUUCCAACUUUUAUUGUACUGGUUGAAAGGAAUUUUCAUUAUUGCAUUUUUAUAUAAGUGCUUUUGAUCAAAGACACUAAAUAAAUAAAGUACUGAAAUUUAA